AUGGACGCGGGACGCCGUCGCCUCUCUCUCCUUCUCCUAGCAUUCCCGACAUUCGCCCUGCUCGUCCUGUUCUUCCACCCUCGCGCCUUCCCUGUUGGGCGGUAUUCGUCGACGUCGACUUCUUCUGUGGUCGUCACUGCUGCGAAUUCCACUCUGGGUUUCGGCGCUCUACUUGCCGUUUCACACGCCGCAUCCCCGAGAAGAGAGGGUCUGCUAUGGGCCGCGAAUCUGACGGGCUUGGAGAUUACGAUUCCCGAGCAGCCAGUAUGGACCGAAGGCGACUUGGAAUCCUUCAGAGCGAGGGAGGGUAGCCGCAUCUCGAAGGGGAGCGCGCUGGCUUGGUUGGGCCAUCUGAAUGCGCUGAGGUGGUUUCUCUCCUCAGACCACCAAACGGCUCUCAUCCUCGAAGACGACGUAGACUGGGACAUCGCCCUCCGCCUCUCCCAAGUGCCCCUCACAGCAACCGGCCUCCGCUCCCUCCUAUCGCCCGAAAACACAACCACGACCACGCACCCCUUUCUCUUCCACCGGCCAAGCAUCCCGGCCGCACACUACUGGAGCCCGCCAGCAAACUGGGAGAUCCUCUGGCUCGGCCACUGCGGCGACAAAACGACACCCCGCCACAUCUUCUCCCGCCCACACGUCGCCUACCACGACGCCACCGUGCUCCCGCACUCCGACCUCGACCCAGCUACCUCCGCCCUGCUCGACGCCCUCUCCGUGCCCGAAGAAGCGCGCCUCGUCCACCGCUCCUACUGGCCGCUCUGCACCUUCGCCUACGCCGUGACGCGCGCCUCCGCGCAGCGCAUCCUCGCCGCCUACAGCACCGAGGGCGAAGGCGGAUGCCAAGCCUUCGACGUCCGCAUGCUGGAAGCGUGUCGCGAUCACGACUGGCUGUGCUACACGGUUACGCCGGAGCUGUUCCACCACAUUGCAGCGCCGAGCGAGAUUUCGCACGUCGACAAGGGGGGAGGAGGAGGGGCAGAUGGCGCUGUUUCUAAACCGGAGGACCGGCCGAAGAAAGCGACGACGAAUAUCGGAUGCGGGGCGCGGCAGCCGGGGUUUUGGGUUGAUAACGAGGACGAGAAGUUGAGGGCGUGGUUGAUGGGUAAGGUGCUGAAGGGCGAGUGUUUGGUCGACCCCUGGAUGGAGUAG